AAAAUUAAUAUCAAAAUUAAUGUUAAAAAAUUUAGGUGGAUCACAUAAUUAUUUUUCUUUAGCUAUGCACAAAAGAAAAAUGAAUUCGAUGUUGAUCAUGGUUCAUAAUUACUGAGCAAUUCCCCCUAUGUGUAAGCUGAGUUUUCAUACAAAAUAGUAAAAACUGGUCCAUGCUACUCAAUGUAGUUAAUCACAGGUCAUACCUCCACCGUCAAUCUUUCCAAUUAAAGUGUUUCAAUUGCUGGCCACUGCAAUCAAUUAAACAUGUACGUAUAAAAAGAGAAAUGAAAAUUACAUGGAACUAAGAUAUUUUUUAAUUUAUUUUUGUAAGAAUUAUUACUUAUUUAAUAAAAAAAGUAAUAAUAUAAAAUGUCCAAGUGUCGUCCUGAAACCGUGGUAGGCUUGGGCCCCUGUUUUUUCUCUCUGACGAACUGAGCGUGGCAAUUGUUGCAUGUUUUCCUUCUUCAUCACUCACAACAAACAAGAUAUCAACAAUAAAUUCAUACAUGUAUUGUGCACCCUAUCAUCAGAAGAGAAACAUCAAUGAAAACAAAUUACAAAAACUAGUAGUAAUAGUACACUGCAAACACCACUUACUAUGGCUUUCAAGAUCAAGAACCUCCCAUCUUUCUUUCUUAUUCUUCUUCAAACCAUCUUCUUUCAGCUCGUAAUUGCCAUUGAAAAUGGUACAAACACCAAAGGAGGUCACUGGGUGGAGCUCAAGCGCAGCAUAGGCAUCUCCGCCAUGCACAUGCAACUAAUGUACGACAACAAGGUCGUAAUCUUCGACCGCACCGACUUCGGCCCCUCCAACAUCUCCCUCUCCCACCACCGCUGCCGCUUCAACCCCCACGACCUCGCCCUCAAGCUCGACUGCACCGCCCACUCCGUCCUCUACGACCUCUCCCACAACACCCUCCGCCCCCUCACCCUCCGCACCGACGCCUGGUGCUCCUCCGGGGCUCUCACCCCCGACGGCUCCCUCCUCCAGACUGGCGGUUUCAACGACGGCUACACCACCCUCCGCUCCUUCACCCCCUGCCCCCAACACAAUACCUGCGACUGGCGCGAACUUCGCAACCACAGCCUCUCGAACAGCCGCUGGUACUCCUCCAACCAAAUCCUUCCCUCUGGGAAAAUCAUUGUCGUGGGUGGCCGCAACUCCUUCACCUACGAAUUCGUCCCCAAAAACGACGUCGCCUCCAAGUCGUUUCACUACCUCCCCUUCUUGAAACUCACGCGUGACCCCAACCGCGGCGAGGAGAACAAUCUUUACCCGUUCUUGCAUCUUUUACCAGACGGAAACCUCUUCAUCUUCGCCAAUCGCAACUCCAUCCUCUUCGACUACACCACCAACAAAGUCCUCCGCAACUUCCCUAUUAUCCCCGGCCAAGAAAAAAGAAACUACCCCAGCACAGCCUCCUCCGUCCUUCUCCCGUUAAACCUAACGGGUCUCAACGGAACGCGUUUGCCAGACGCAGAAAUUAUGAUAUGCGGCGGGGCCUACCCCGGCGCGUUUAGCUUGGCCAACACGUUGAAGAUUUUUCUAGAAGCUUCCAGAACCUGCGGGAGGUUGAGGGUGACGGAUUCGAAACCCGUGUGGGUCAUGGAAACCAUGCCCACGCCGAGGGUUAUGCCUGACAUGGUCCUGCUUCCCAAUGGGAAUGUCAUUAUCUUGAACGGUGCAAUGAAUGGUACAGCCGGGUGGGAGAACGCGGCCAACCCGGUUUUGUAUCCGGUUUUGUAUAGACCCGGUUUGGUUGACCAGUUUCCGAGGUUUCAAUUACUGGCGCCAGCGAGUACUCCGAGGAUGUAUCACUCGUCCGCUGUGCUGGUACCAGAUGGGAGGGUUUUAGUGGGCGGGAGCAACCCUCAUAGGGUUUAUAAUUUUCGGGCAAACCCGUACCCGACGGAGUUGAGUUUGGAUGCGUAUUACCCGGAGUAUUUGGAGACCGAGUUUGACUCGUUGCGGCCCUCGAUAGUCGCUGUUGAGGCUACGAACAAUACGGCGUCGUAUGGAGGGAUGUUUGCUGUGAAUUUUUUGCUACGGGAGUACCGUGUGGGAGGUGUGGGAGUGACGCUGGUGGCGCCGUCAUUUACGACGCACUCGUUCGCGAUGAACCAGAGGUUGCUUGUGCUGGAGGUGGUGGGGGUUGAGCAGGUGGCGCCGUCAGGGUACAGAGUGGUGGCGCGUGCGCCUCCCUCGCUGACUGUGGCGCCACCUGGGUUCUACAUGCUUUUCAUCGUGCACGUUGGAGUUCCGAGCGAUGCGGUUUGGGUUCAGGUGAAGUGAAGUUUGGAGUUUGAAAUGAAAAGUUACUCACUUUUCCUUUUUCAUGUAUAUGGGUAUGUGUUUUCACUUUGGAUCCUUAUUCUUUUACAUCUUUUAAUUCCCAUCUCAUGUUAUCUUGGGAAUUUUCUAUUCUAUUUAACAUAUCCAUUACUUUUGGUCAAUCUUAUUUCAUCACUCGCUUUAUUUAUUUAUUUAUUUAUUUAUUUUUUUACUUUUUCUUACAUCAUAUUAGGAUUAAUGGUCUGAUGUUAUGGUCAUACCUUCCUAAUUCUUAACUAAUCAAACAGAAAAUGU